GUCAAAAAGACAAAUAUUGCGUUCCAACUUUUUAUUUUUGUAAAUAAUUUUCUUAAUUUUUCUCGUAAAUUUCUCACAAUCGAAAAUGACAAGCACAAUGGAAAACUUAAAUCCUUCGAUCUUUCGCAGAACAAACGAACGCCCAAUCACAGAAGAAGAACUUGACGAGAGUAUCGUCGAUCCCAUUGACCAACGAGAAGUUUUUGAUCUCAUCCGAAACGUUCGUGAUCCCGAACAUCCGUUAACACUCGAGGAAUUGCAUGUCGUCGAAGAGGAAAAAGUCGAGGUCAACAACGACGAGAACACAGUUCAUGUUUUUUUCACGCCAACAAUUCCGCAUUGCAGCAUGGCGACGUUAAUUGGUCUCUCGAUACGCGUCAAACUCUUUCGAACGUUGCCGCCGCGAUUUAAAGUCACAGUCGAAGUCACGCCAGGCACUCAUGUUUCCGCGGAUUCGAUAAAUAAACAACUCGCUGACAAAGAACGCGUUGCAGCUGCUUUGGAAAAUACGCAUUUGAUUAGUUUCAUCCAAAACACUUUCGAGGAUGAGGAAUAAAAUUCGAAUUUUUUUUUUAGUUGUAAUAAAUUUAUCUUCUAAGUCUA